GAGGACAUUUAAGGACAUUUAAGCAAGCGACGCAAAUGCUGCUAUGGCCAACGGUCGAGGUUCAAGAACUACGCGAAGAAUCGCCGCAGUUGCUAAGAUUGCACGAGGAAUUCCUAGAAAUGCUGAAUGAAUAUCGCAUAGAGAUUGUGAGUUUCGCCGAGGCCAAACCUACGCUUGUAACCGCGCUCAAGUUUCCCUUUCAAUUCGUCACCCUCGAUUCAGCAGAUCCUGGCGUGGGAGAGUUCUUCGAGAUUCCGCAGGAUCAUUUAUCGAUAUGCAAGCCGGCUAACAGGCAAUCGUUCUUGUAUCAGAAACUUCUGAGUGUGCUCAGACACCACAUCAACACUCGGGAAGGGACGACUGUCCUGUCGAUUAGAAAUCUACUGUCCUUGUUGAGUAAGAUAUUUUAGGUUUUGUGUACAAGAGAUAAUCUAUACGAAUUUUAUAUAUUUUUUUAUGUGACGCAAAAUAAAUGUACGUAUGAUCA